AACAAUUAAAACACUGUAAACUUGGGAAAUAGAAUGCCCACGUAGAGCCCUAUGGGUUUAUAGACUUGCCAUGAAAAGAGAUGCCCAGACUUCAACAUGAAUCAAUUGACUAAGAAGUUGCUUGAGUCAUAUUGCAAGAAGAUCGAGAAGUCACUGCAAUGAUCCUGUCCCUCUUUGACCUGCUAGGUGUGCUCAUUUCCAAUAGCGAUGCCCCUUGCCAUUUCCUCUAGAAGUGGAUUAUCUAGAGUCCUAUCAUGCAGUGAACAGGAGUUGAUCAAGAUUGAUAGUGAGACAGAAAGGUUUCGAUGCCAAGUAUUGUUAUACGUACGCCAAUAGCGAAGCAGCGGGGAUUCAUCGAUAAGCGAGAAGCGAAGAGUGAUAGGAGCUUCCCGAUGUGUGAACAUAUUGAGUUGCGACCCAAUCGAGCACGUAUCGAAUGCUUCACUCGUGGAACGACGGGGUGACAGUAAUGGACAGGAUACCAUUUCGCCAUCAGUAUAUCAGAUGGAGCCGUAAUUAACUCAAAUUACUACGUGAAUACUUAUAUUAAUGAGCGGCAAUCGAGUGACAUUCGCCCUGGAUACUCCCGGGGAGCAAGACAGCUUGCGUAUACGAAGCCCUGGCAACGUUAAACCAACAUGCCGUAGCUGGAACGGCGAACUGCAGUCGGAACCGCUAGGAAUACGUUGGUAUGCGGUGAUGACUCUGGUGUUCAUGGAUCUGAUUCUCUCUCUAGCGGGUACGGUCUGCAGAAUGCCUGGGCCGGGGAGAGGGGAUGAUGGACUACCGGAGUGCAUCCGGUUAGCGCCGAAUGCCACUCACUCUCUCAUCCUUGACAUAAUGGCUGUGACAGUGGCAGUAAUCGUGGGGUUUCUGUGCGCGAAAAUAGUCGUGGACUCAGUCCGGUCCAGGUGGACUAAGAUAACUGUGAUAAUAGUCGGCGGAGGGCCUAUCGGGCUACUCUCUGCACUCAUUGCCGCAAAGAGCAAUCGGGUUCAAAAAAUCAUUUUCUUCGAAGAAAAACAUAAAAGUGCGCUACUGAAUAGGCCACAGCAAAUUGCACUGGAUGCAAAGAGCGUGAGGUUCUUGAAGAAUAUGGGUGUGGAUUUUGACAAUAUUGAAGGUUGCUGGAAUGACAACUGCUUCUUUACUCGGAUAGGAGUCUUCCAGGAGUACCUUUUGGAUAUUAUAAACCAAGUGUACGAGGUGGAAUGGGACAUACGACUUGGACGAAAGUUCACAAAAGAUAGUCUCAAAGAGUUGGAUGGUGUUCCUGGUCGUCUCCUGGCAAUAGUCUGUGAUGGCACUGACGGCCAUUCCGCCCGCUGGCUUGGCCUGAGUGAUGAGUUUAUGCCGAUCUCCUGCAAGUCGUAUGGUGCGGUGGCGGCCAUUGAGCGGCCGGAGCAGCGCCAGGUACCAACCCCAGAGAUUAAGGUCCAUGGUUUAACAUUUGAUCUCACAGCAUUCAACCAUGACUAUGAGGACGAAUUCCCCAUCAAUGGAUUCCAUUUUAAGAUAUUUGGAAGUGUUAGGAAUCGAUAUAUGGCGCUGUCUAUACCAAAGUGCGAGUCAAAGAUGGUGCGGACUCUAAAAGUAGUGCUAGAUAAAUCGAUAAUGCGGAGUAUAUUCCAGCAAUGUUUUAAUCGUUAUAAAAAUGAGUCGGAGAGCAAAAUCAAUGACAAUCUUGCCCUGAAGAGCCUGAAGUUCAGUCCAAGACUGUUCGAAAUCAAGAUCUCAAAGCGACUAGAGAGUGCUGUGUUCAUAGAAGAUGCCAAUAUAUUUGUUAUAACUGAAGGGGAUGCCAGUAGAUGCGUCAAUUUCCACUCAGGUAUGGAUAUCAACCUCGGUAUUCGUGGUCUCCAGUCUCUCCACAAGUUCGUGCGAAUGGCGGCCACGGCCGCCACGGAACGUUCCAUCCUUGGUGCAUUGCGAUACAAAUCACAACAUUCAAAUCAGGUAGUUCAGGAGUAUCUAAAACAAGGACUGAGGGAGAGCAUGUACACGUAACAAUCAUAGCUUUUGACCACUCCACCUUGUUCGUAUUUCAAAGCGUGGUGGAGAUUCUAUUCGUCAUGGAUAGAUGGAAUGGGGAUUGAAUAUUAAGAUAUAAGGAGCAUAACAGGCCUUUUUUGGGACAAAAAGUGCCCCCCCCCCUUCACACGUACACACGUACGCACUUCCUACAGGAAGGUACGGUUCGCGUACUAACAUUUUGAUGAAGACCAGUAAACCCUAGUCACCCUUGCCUCUAGCCCUAAAUAAUCGGAUGUCGUGUCGCCCUUGAACCCUCUCCUGUUGGUCUCCUAGCAAACUUUGUCUGUCAGACCACAGGCAACUGAAUCGGGGGUCAGUGUCAGGCCUAAAAUGUUGUAAAAGGGGUCUUCCUCAUCCGCCAAUGUCAACCAUUAUAAACGGCAUGUAUUUAUUGUGAUACAGUUCUAGUAGGCCUGUUUUUAACAUUAUGAUAUCUACUCCCCCCCCCCCCCCACCACGAGCAAAACUUUCCGUCAUUGGAGAGAUACUUUGAUGAAGAUUUCCAUCGUAGAAUCAGUGAUGAAACAACAUGGUCGUAUCUACCAUGGACCACCUUAGAAUUUAUGACGGGCCCUUAUACUAUUUGAAUACAUGUAGGCGAACUCGGCCGAUUCAUUCUUAUUUUCCUGAAUUCACUGUCUCUCUAAUGGAUUUAUACUCCGAUGUUUAUACGCACCCAUGAUGGAACCCACAACAUAGAAUCUAUGACGGAAUACCCAGUUAGAAUCCUCCAUUGGCCAUCAUUGGAUCUAUGAUAAGGAUCCGAUUUAAAACAUGGUUUGUGAUAAUCGUCAUAGAUUCUACCAUGGACCGUCAUAGAUUCUUUGACGAAAACCUUUGCUCGUGUAGGUACGACUUGCUCUACUCUUCUCUUAGAUAUUCAUAGCUUCGAAGCCUGGAUGUUUGUAUGUUCCUUGUAGUGUAUAGAGUAUACGUGACCAAAUAAAUAUU